CGGUGUACGCGCCUAACGCGUGCAAGCGAAAAUGUCACGAGUCCCACCUCGCCAUCCAUUUAAAUUUACAACGAGUCGACGACGGCGAAACAUUUGCAGCGACAUGUGCUACAAGUGGGCGGAGCAAACAACGCAGCGCAGCGAGCGCUGCUCCUUUUUUAUCUUUUUUUUUUUCUUGAAUUCAAGCAUAUAUAAGGAACCCCAAUGUAAGAAUUUCUAUCAGUCUUAAAUAUACCUUCAACAAAAGCGGAUCGCAAGGAAGUAGUUUUUUUCUAAACGUGAACCGAACUGUGGUACCCAACCUGGUCAACGAGGCGAUCGGUUGGCUUUCCUCCCUCUUCAUCCAACCCGAGUGUGGGUCAGCGUCGAGUGUGCAGCUUUCAUCGAGACGGCGUUGCGGUGGAACGGCGAACGUGUCGAGACCCGUUCGGCGUGGCCCUUCUUUGCGCUUACUCGACUGUUCGAGACGUUUGUGUGAGCGGUGCAGCUGCGGCGAAGGAGGCGAACGCGUCGAGACCUGUUCGGCGUUGCCAGCGAUUGCUCGGCUGUUCGAUACGUUGUGUUGUCUGAGCGGUGCUGCGGCGGCGAAGGAGUUGGUUGCUUCGAAGAAGUUGUGCUUGCUGUGUUGCGGGGCCCAGGAGUGUAUGCCGAGAAGAGUUACAGAAAUAAUUUUCCCCUCAAUAAUUUUCCUCUACUGGCAUUGGGCGUCACUCCUGGCGUACCCGUUCACAACCAAGCAACGACGAGCCAUAAAGCGAGUUAUCCGGCAUUUCGGCCGUGGUCCUUCGAGCGGUGAAUACGUCGGCUGGCAGCUGUGAGGCACGGCUGCAAGCGAGUUCCUGGUGUAGCUGAUAACCGUGGUGUGCACGGUCUUCGGCUGCGUGUGACUGAUCAGCAUUUCCCAUCGUCGGCUGGUGACCGUGGUGAGCGCGGUCGUCGGCUUCGGGCGGUUGGUAGCUGCAACGUGUGCAGCUGUCGACGCCUUCCAACAUCGGCUGGUGACCGUGACUGGCACGGUCGUCGGCACCGGGUGACUUUCGGCUGCGACGAGCGUGGCUGUCAGCAUCGAGUGGUCCGGGUAUCGGUGGUGCUGCGAUCAGGUGAGUAACCUACCUCCUACCUCCAUUGUUAAGUAUCCAACAUUUGGUCCGGAUCGAGCCGGAUUGUACCAGUGUGAUACGUCCAUUCGAGAUUGAACAAGUUUGUGUGUGACCAAUCCUCCUAUCGCGUGAAUUUCGAGAGUUUGAUUCCUUCGCGAAUAUUCGUUGCCCCUCCAAUCAAGACAGUCAACAGUGUGUCAAGCGCAGUGGUACCCAAAGUGAUAGAAAAGUGAAAGCCCUUAGUGAACUGAAGUGGAGUGUGUAUGAAGCGAGAGCCCUAGAAGUGAACAUUAGUGAAGAGUGUGAAAAUGGAAAACUUGAAGAAAUUGGUUCAUCAGCGUGGACAAGUGAAGGCGCGGGUGACGACGAUCGUCGGAAAGUUGAAUGAAGCAACAGAGCAUCCCGAAACGACGAGCCUCUCUCAGCUGAAGGCCCUCGAGAAGAAGCUGGAGCUGCACUAUGCGGAGUACUCGUCGAAGCAUGAUUCGAUCAUGUCGCAGUGUCCAACCGAGAGCAUAGACGACCAAGACAGGAAGCUGGACGAGUUCGACGAGCUACAUACAGAUGCGCUGGUGAAGCUGAAUCAGCUAGUGGAUUUCUUCCGUGCAGAACCGGCAAACAAUAGAGCUCCUCAAGUGAUCGUGACCCAACAACCUCUGAGAACUCCGAUCCCAACCUUCGAUGGGAAGUACGAGAGUUGGCCUAAAUUCAAGGCUCUUUUCAACGACCUAGUUGGAAAGUGUGGUGACUCAGACGCAACCAAGUUGCAGUAUCUGGACAAGGCGUUGAUUGGUGAAGCGUCCGGCAUUUUGGAUGCGAAGAUCAUCAACAACAAUAAUUACGAGCAAGCUUGGCAGUUGUUGGAAGAGCGAUUCGAGAACCCGAGGGUGAUCAUCGACACCCAUAUUUCUGGUCUGCUGUCGAUGAAGCCCAUUCCCAAGCAAAGUUUUAAGGAGUUGAGAAACCUCAUCGAUACCUGCAAUCGUCACGUGGAAGGAUUGCGGUUCAUGGAACAAGAAGUCGACGGUACAGCUGGAUUGAUUGUGGUGAAGCUUCUAACCAUGUGCCUCGACGGAGAAACGCGGAAGCAGUGGGAACUUACCUUGGAUCACGGUGAACUGCCUGACCUUGACGGGUCUUUGAAGUUCCUCAGAAACUACUGCCAGGUCCUCGAAAGAUGCGAAGUGGAUAAAAUGCCUUCUUCUAAAGCAGUUGCCAAACCUUCUGCAACGCCGAAGACCAGCUUCUCACCCAGAUCAUCCCUUCCUGCAACAUCCAGCCCAGCGGAGAAUGUGUGUGACAUUUGUGCAGGCCAGCACUGCAACUACAAGUGCCCGACCUUCCUGAGCAUGAGCGUCGAUCAGCGUGUCAGCAAGGUGAAGCAGUCCGGACUUUGUUUCAACUGCCUCCGGAAGGGUCACCAGAUCAGGGCUUGUCCAUCCGACAAGUCAUGCUUGAAGUGCUCCAGGAGGCAUCACUCGAUGCUGCAUUUUGAGCAGCAGUUCCAGCCUGAAACAAAGGAGCAAAAUUCCAGCGUGUUGUCCGAGCAGCCAGAGGUGGAGACAGCAGUAGCGUCUACUGCGCCUGAGGAGCCUGUUUCAACAGCGUGUUCCGGUAUCGAUCGGCGAGCAAAACAUGUGUUUCUGAUGACGGCGUUGGUGAACGUUGCCUCCAAGAGUGGAAAAAGCUUCAAGUUGCGUGCACUACUCGAUUCAGGAUCCCAAGUCAACCUUGUAUCCGAAGCGGCCGUGAAAUUGCUUGGACUUCCGCGAUACCCGGCCAACGUUCCGGUUGUAGGAGUGGGUGGUGCCAGAUCCCAAAUUCGGCAUCACGUGAUCCUGAAGCUGUCUUCCGACUACACCAAUUUCGAAAGUGACUUGGACUGUUUGGUUACCGCGAGGGUGACUGGUAGGAUCCCAUCCGUUCCGGUUAACAUCUCAGACUGGAAAUUCCCAGCCGAAAUAGUGCUUGCCGAUCCAAGUUUCAACCAACCGAGAGAUGUGGAUCUAUUGAUCGGUGCCGAGCACUUUUUCGAUAUCUUGAAGCAAGCUCAGAUGAAACUUUCCGCAGAACUACCUGCCUUGCAUGAGACCCAAUUUGGGUGGGUUGUCGCCGGUGCCAUGGAGGAUUCUGGAGAUGAAGUCGUUAACGUGUUGUGUGCCACUAGUGAGGAUCCAUUGCUGAAAAGCAUCCAGAGAUUUUUUGAACAAGAAGAGCUUCCAGAAGAGAAGGUGCAAACGAGUGAAGAGGAAGCGAUCGAAGAGCACUUCAGCAAGACAUACCGUCGAGAAGAGGAUGGCCGAUUCGUAGUUCAAUUACCGUUCCGCGAGUCCAUCAAUCAACUGGGAGACUCCCGUUCGUUAGCAAUGAAGAGAUUUCUAGCAAGCGAGAAACGUCUAGCCAACCAACCCGAGAUGAAGGAGAUGUACCAGGCGUUCAUAAGAGAGUACGAAGAUCUUGGACAUUGCCACGAGAUCCGUGAGGUAGACGAUCCGCCCAACCAACAGAAUUACUAUUUCCCACACCAUGCUGUGCUCAAGCCCUCGAGUACCAGCACAAAACUACGUGUUGUGUUCGACGGCAAGCUAGGCGAAGAGAUUGAGUGCGUUCAACGAAUGGAAAUGCCGAAGCGACUUGCGAACCUCCAUCCAUUUUUGGAUGAAGAAGGAUUCUUGCGCGUCGGCGGACGUCUACAGAAUUCCAUGCUGCCAUUCGACGCCAAACACCAAUUGCUUCUUCCACGUAAUCAUCGAGUGACUGAGAUGUUGAUUCGUCAAUAUCACGAGGACAGACUUCAUGAGGGACCGUCUGGUCUGCUGGCAGCAAUAAGGCAGAAGUAUUGGUUGGUCAAUGCUCGAUCAGCCAUUCGAAAGGUGACACGCAGCUGUGUAAAGUGCUUCCGCACUAAACCAAGAGAGGUUCAACCUGAAAUGGGGAAUCUACCAGAGGAGCGAGUGAAUUUGGCAGCAGCUUUCGAACUCACGGGUGUAGAUUACGCCGGUCCCGUGAUAGUGAAGGAAGGUCGAUAUAAGCCAAAACACAUUAAGGCAUACAUCGCCCUUUUUGUGUGCCUUACGACGAAAUCGAUUCAUCUAGAGUUAGUUUCGGAUUUGACCACCGAAGCUUUUCUCGCGGCUUUGGAUAGAUUUGUCAACCGACGUGGGAUGGUGCGCAAAAUGAUGUCGGACAACGCGACGAAUUUUGUUGGCGCAUCUAGAGAACUCCACCAGUUGCACAUGAUGUUCCGUGAUCAGACCGAGUCAGCAAAGAUUAAUGAUUUCCUGCUCAAACGGGAGAUAGAGUGGGAAUUCAUCCCGCCAAGGUCCCCAAACUUUGGGGGUCUAUGGGAAGCAGGUGUCAAGGUAGUUAAGUCCCACCUGCAUCGAACUUUGGGUAACGCGAUUUUGAACUUCGAAGAGUUUGGAACCGUUUUGACCAGCAUCGAAGCUAUAGUGAAUUCCCGACCAUUGUAUGCGCUGUCUGACGAUCCCAAUGAAUCUCUUCCGAUUACACCUGCUCAUCUGAUGCUCGGAAGACCAUUGGAACCAGUGGUGAAGCCAUCGUACACCGGAAUUCCGUUGAAUCGCUUGUCCCGCUUCCAGUACAUGAAUCAUUUGCGUGAACAAUUUUGGGCUAAGUGGUCAAGAGACUAUUUGUCAUCGCUUCAAUCAAGGGCAAAAUGGACAAAAAGUGAACCUAAUGUGAAACUGGGUACCAUUGUGCUAAUGAUGGAGGAAAAUCAGGCGGUUCAAUCAUGGAGGCUAGGUAGGAUCGCUGCACUGCACCCGGGCCAAGACGGAGUGGUGAGAGUCGCCGACGUGAAGACUGCAGCGGGAAUUUUUCGACGCUCAAUUCGGAAGUUGGCACCCUUACCGAUAGAGGAUACUGACGAGCCAAGUUUUGGAAUGACAUUCCAACCGGCGGGAGCAUGUACGCGCCUAACGCGUGCAAGCGAAAAUGUCACGAGUCCCACCUCGCCAUCCAUUUAAAUUUACAACGAGUCGACGACGGCGAAACAUUUGCAGCGACAUGUGCUACAAGUGGGCGGAGCAAACAACGCAGCGCAGCGAGCGCUGCUCCUUUUUUAUCUUUUUUUUUCUUGAAUUCAAGCAUAUAUAAGGCACCCCAAUGUAAGAAUUUCUAUCAGUCUUAAAUAUACCUUCAACAAAAGCGGAUCGCAAGGAAGUAGUUUUUUUCUAAACGUGAACCGAACUGUGGUACCCAACCUGGUCAACGAGGCGAUCGGUUGGCUUUCCUCCCUCUUCAUCCAACCCGAGUGUGGGUCAGCGUCGAGUGUGCAGCUUUCAUCGAGACGGCGUUGCGGUGGAACGGCGAACGUGUCGAGACCCGUUCGGCGUGGCCCUUCUUUGCGCUUACUCGACUGUUCGAGACGUUUGUGUGAGCGGUGCAGCUGCGGCGAAGGAGGCGAACGCGUCGAGACCUGUUCGGCGUUGCCAGCGAUUGCUCGGCUGUUCGAUACGUUGUGUUGUCUGAGCGGUGCUGCGGCGGCGAAGGAGUUGGUUGCUUCGAAGAAGUUGUGCUUGCUGUGUUGCGGGGCCCAGGAGUGUAUGCCGAGAAGAGUUACAGAAAUAAUUUUCCCCUCAAUAAUUUUCCUCUACUGGCAUUGGGCGUCACUCCUGGCGUACCCGUUCACAACCAAGCAACGACGAGCCAUAAAGCGAGUUAUCCGGCAUUUCGGCCGUGGUCCUUCGAGCGGUGAAUACGUCGGCUGGCAGCUGUGAGGCACGGCUGCAAGCGAGUUCCUGGUGUAGCUGAUAACCGUGGUGUGCACGGUCUUCGGCUGCGUGUGACUGAUCAGCAUUUCCCAUCGUCGGCUGGUGACCGUGGUGAGCGCGGUCGUCGGCUUCGGGCGGUUGGUAGCUGCAACGUGUGCAGCUUUCGACGCCUUCCAACAUCGGCUGGUGACCGUGACUGGCACGGUCGUCGGCACCGGGUGACUGUCGGCUGCGACGAGCGUGGCUGUCAGCAUCGAGUGGUCCGGGUAUCGGUGGUGCUGCGAUCAGGUGAGUAACCUACCUCCUACCUCCAUUGUUAAGUAUCCA